AUGUGCCCCACAUAUCCAAGUAGGACGGCACCAUCAAACCCACAGCCUGCGGCUGAACAAAUCCCGCAGCCCUCUGCUGCACCUCUGCCACUGGAGGUACUCCCGGAGCCCCUUGUGGAACCACUGGCGGAAAACGAGCCAAUAACUGCGUCAGCAAACCCACCACUAAGUCAUCAAGACCCUGAGCCGGAGCACCACCCCAACCCGGAGCAGCCCCCGCUCCCAAACCAACACUCGCAUCCACACUGGCCUCACUCGCCACGGAUACCGACUGGGUCACCGACGCAGUCGCCACACUCGGCACCACACUCUCUCCCGAAUCCGCCGAAGUCCACAAUCUCGGCCCCGACCUCCACGGCCUCUAGCUCUGCCACCACGGCCUCAGCACCGCGCCCUCUCGCGCCACAACCUCUAGCUACUCAGUCCAUCUCACUCAUGGAACCGAAAAGAGCACACUAG